AUGCCGGAGGCUGGUUGGACCAAGAUGUCCGAGAAUGAACGCGGCCUGGCCAAGAAGUGGUACUCUCAGGGCAAGAAGCCGUCAGAGAUCGGCGAGUUGCUCGGAAGGGACACGUCAUCAGUGACCCGCUUGCUCUGUCUUCAGAAGCCUGUCUUGAAGCAAGGCCGCCCUUGCUCUCUAACCAUGGCGCAAGUCGACUUCCUCGAGAAGAAGCUGGACGACAUGAUCGUGAAGGCCAAUGGGCAGCGCACUGUUACCGUCCAGGACCUGAAGAAGACAACAAAGACCAAGGCUUCGUGCCGCAGCAUUCUCAGGGCUCUGCACGAUCGCAACAUCUACUUCCGCAAGCUGCGGGAAAAGCCUCUGCUCACCCCCGAGGAUGUCCGAGCACGCUUUCACUUCGCCAAGAAGUAUCGCAGCAAGAGCAGGGCCUGGUGGGUCAAGAACGUUGAUGCCUUCAUUGAUGGAAAGCACUUCCAGGUCUACCUGAAUGGGAAGGAGCGCUGCCGGGCAGCGCAGCAUGCCACAUACGGCGCCUAUCGCCGCCCUGGCAAGGGCUUAUGUGGUGGGUAUGUGAAGCCAAAGGCUGGCAACUUGCGUCACAACACCGGGGCCAAAGGGGUUCUCCUGCAGGUGGGCGUCGGGAAAGGUAAGGCUGUCACCGUGCACGAGGUCACCGAUGGCCGCUGGAGUGGCCAGGCUGCCGCCAGCUUCUACCACACUUUGGCGCGUGACUUGAAGAAAGCUUCGCCCGCCAAACGCCGCUUCACGAUCUUGGAGGACAACGACCCUACUGGGUACAAGUCGGCCAAGGGCAUUGCUGCCAAGUGCGACGCAGGUUUACUUGUCUUCGAGAUCCCAAAGCGCAGCCCUGACUUGUCGGUGUUGGAUUAUGCCAUCUGGACCGAGAUCAACAAGCGGCUGCGCCGGCAAGAGAGCAAGUGGACAAAGGGUAAGAAAGAAACGCGGGCUGCCUACAUCAAGCGCUUGAAGCUCACGGCCCGCUCCUUGCCCAAGGAUUUCAUCCUCAACAGCAUUGGCGACAUGGCUCGGCGCUGCCAGAGGCUUUACGAGGCGAAGGGCUACUUCUUCGAGGAGGGCGGUUCUGACCCAUGA